AUGGCUUUACUAACAAAAACUCCAUUUUCCUUUCUUAGAAAUGCAGUUAUCUCUACAUCAAUUAGGACGAUAUCAACGACGAAACAAUUGAAUAUCAAAGAAAUACGUGAACAUAAAGAUGGGAAUAAGUUAAUUGUGGAAGGUGUGACAGUACCCUCACCCCGAAUGGAGUUAUUGGUGAAGUCGGAGAAAGUUGCGGAAGAAGUUCUCAGUGUCGAAAAACCAACAUGUUAUUUGUGCAAGUUGGAUUUGGAUGUGAAGCAUACAGAUGUAUUGAUAUUAAGUCAGUUCGUUAGAAGCGACGGCUGCAUGUUACCUCGAAGGGUAACUGGGCUAUGUCGCAGGCAGCAGAAGAAAGUCAGUAAAAUGGUAACAAUGGCACAGAAAGCAGGUUUGAUGAUUAACUUAACACCAUCUUACUGUAAGAAAGACCCAAAGCUAAGGUAUGCAUACAAGAAAUUCAAUACAUACUUUGAUGAGAAGACCAUAUUUAUGAAAAGAAUUCCGGACCAAAGGGACAAAUUUAAGCGAUAA